GGCCCUGGCAGCGUGAUGUCCCUGUGUCGUGUCCCCCCCCCCGCCACUUCACCGAGCCAUGGGGUGAUGUUUGCAGGUGCGUGUCCCCCCCCCCGGGUGCUGGGGGCCGGAUCCAGGUGUGGUGGGUGCCCACCCACGCCGGGGGACACCAUGGGGCCACCCCCCCGCGUCCCCCUCGUCCUGCUGCUCCUGCUCGCGGCGGAGAGGACGGCCCAUGGCACCUUCCCCGAGGAGCCUGGUCCCAUCGCCGUGGCCCCCGAGGACUAUGUGAAGCACUACGCCGUCUUCGUGGGCCACGGGACGAGCCGCCCGGCCGGCCCUGAGGGUGGGGGGACCCAGCGCCUCAACAUCCAGCGCAUCCUCAAGGUCAACCGGACGCUCUUCAUCGGAGACAGGGACAACGUCUACCGCGUGAGCCUGGAGCCCACCGGUGCCGGUGAGAUGCGCUACCACCGGAAGCUGACGUGGCGCUCGAACCAGCACGACAUCAGCAUCUGCCGGAUGAAGGGGAAACAAGAGGCAGAGUGCCGAAACUUCGUCAAGGUGCUGCUGGUGCGGAACGAGAGCCUGCUCUUCGUCUGCGGCACCAACGCCUUCAACCCCGUCUGUGCCAACUACAGCAUGGACACGCUGGAACCCAUCGGGGACAACAUCAGCGGCAUGGCCCGGUGUCCCUACGACCCCAAGCACGCCAACGUGGCCCUCUUCACAGGGGGGAUGCUCUUCACCGCCACGGUGACGGAUUUCUUGGCCAUCGAUGCCGUCAUCUACCGCAGCCUGGGGGACAGCCCGACCCUCCGCACCGUCAAACACGACUCCAAAUGGUUCAAAGAGCCCUACUUUGUGCACGCCGUGGAAUGGAGGAGCCACGUCUACUUCUUCUUCCGGGAGAUCGCCAUGGAGUUCAACUACCUUGAGAAGGUGGUGGUGUCCCGGGUGGCCCGGGUGUGCAAGAACGACAUGGGGGGUUCGCAGCGGGUGCUGGAGAAGCAGUGGACCUCCUUCCUCAAGGCCCGGCUCAACUGCUCCGUGCCAGGCGACUCACAUUUCUACUUCAACGUCAUCCAAGCCGUGACGGACAUCCUGGAACUGGACGGGCGCCCCGUGGUGCUGGCCGUCUUCUCCACGCCUGCCAACAGCAUCCCCGGCUCGGCCGUCUGCGCCUUCGACAUGACCCAAGUGGCUGCCGUCUUCGAGGGACGUUUCCGGGAGCAGAAAUCGCCCGAGUCCAUCUGGACGCCCGUGCCCGAGGACAUGGUGCCGAAGCCUCGGCCCGGGUGCUGCGCGUCCCCGGGGAUGCGCUACAACUCCUCCAGCACCUUCCCCGACGAGAUCCUCAACUUCGUCAAGACGCACCCGCUGAUGGACGAGGCGGUGCCGUCCCUGGGCAACGUGCCUUGGAUCCUCCGCACCAUGAGCCGGUACCAGCUCCGCAAGAUCGUGGUGGACAACGCAGCGGGGCCGUGGGGCAACCACACCGUGGUCUUCCUCGGCUCCAGCACGGGCACCGUCCUCAAGUUCCUCAUCCAGCCCAACGCCAGCACCAGCCCCGUGCCCACCGCCCCUGGCAGCCAGAGCGUCUUCCUGGAGGAAUUUGAGACCUACCACCCCGGGAGGUGUGGUCGGGACACAGAGGACGAGCGGCGGCUCCUGGGGCUGGAGCUGGACAAGGUGGCGGCGGGGUCCCUGCUGCUGGCCUUCCCCCCGUGCGUGGCCAGGGUGCCGGUGGCUCGCUGCCAGCAGCACUCGGGCUGCAUGAAGAACUGCCUCGGGAGCCGGGACCCGUACUGCGGCUGGACGCCCGAGGGAUCCUGCAUCUUCCUGGAGCCCAGCCCCAGGGUGGCCUUCGAGCAGGACAUCGCCGGCGGCAGCACGUCCCACCUGGGCGAAUGCGAGGGGCUGGUGACGGAGAGCUUCGUGGAUGAGCCGGACGGACUGGUAUCGGUGAACCUGUUGGUGAUCUCCUCCGUAGCCGCCUUCGUCAUCGGCGCCGUCAUCUCCGGCUUCAGCGUCUGCUGGUUCAUCGGCCACCGGGACCGCAAGGAGCUGGCGCGUCGCAAGGACAAGGAGACCAUCCUGGCGCACAGCGAGUCGGUGGUGAGCGUCAGCCGGCUGGGCGAGCGGCGGGCGCGCGGCGGGCAACCCGGCGCCUUGCUGGCCCCGCUCAUGCCCAACGGUUGGCCCAAGGAGUUGGGGAAGGUCACCCAACACGACUUGGAUUCGGGGGUCCUGCCCACGCCGGAGCAGACCCCGUUGCAGCAGAAACGCUGCCCCGGCGCCCUCCAAAACUGCACCUGGGAGCAGAGUCAUAACAUCAUCAACGCCGCUUUGCGGGACCCCGGCGGAUCCGGCACUACCGCCGCCGGCGCCGGUCGGCUGCACGCCGGCUCCGGCCGCCCGGCUCGCGGUAUCCCUCUCUCCUGCCACGCCAUCCUGGUGGAUCAGGAGCUGGAGGCCGAACUCAGCGACUCCUCGGGGGACGGGCAUUGGGGUCGGGACACCCAGGAGGGUCCCCGCACCCGUCAACACCCACCCGCCGGCACCCGCCGCCCGCCCCGCAGCUCCUACGGUGACUUCGCCGGCACGCCGCACCCCAGCCCCGAUCGCCGACGGGUGGUUUCGGCACCCGGCGGGGAGGGGAGAGAGCUUACCGAGGGGCCGACCUGGCACCCCGAGCAGCUGAACUUCAACGCCAACAAUGGCACGGGCCGCCCCGGCGCCCACCUCAAGAGGAACCACACGUUCAACAGCGGCGAGGCGCCGGCGGGCGGUUACGGGCGACACGGCACGGCACCGCGGGCACCCGGCACCGGGCCCCCACGGGCGCUGACGGACCUCCACCACCUCCUGCGCUACGGCAUGGAGCGGACUCCCUCGGGAAAAUAGGGUCCCACCGUGCGCGUGUCGUUCCCCCCACCACCCGGGACACCGAUGGGGACCCCCCCACUCCCCCCCACCCCGGGCUCCCUGGGGACGGGGAAGGGUGGCUGGGCAGGAGCUGCGGG